AGACACACUACUGUAGCGCUUGUCCCAGUUUGUUUGGUGGAACAGGUGUGUGUCUCGUCAUCAUGGGAGUUAUGUUAGCUUUGUGGUCAUGGCUUUUGACUAUCAUGGUCUGGAAUGUCUGUGGUUAUCCAAUUGAAGGUGAAGGACCUUAUGCUUGGCAUUCUCAGCCUGACCCUGACCAGAUGAUUGACCCACGUUACAUGCUUUAUCCCGGGUCCCCUUAUUACCAGCAGCAAGGUCCACCUCAGACCCCUGAGCAGCACACACAGACCAGCCAAGAGUCUCCAGUGACCUCAGCUGGAACUCGGGCCUUUGGACCUCAAACUAGUUCUGCAUCUGUAGAGUCUGCUGCUGCCCCCAUAGUUUAUGCGCCUGCGCCAAGCAAAGGUGCAGUUUGGUCCCCUGUCCUUACCAAACCUCAAGCAAGCCCAAAGAAGCCUCUGCCGGGUCCUGUUGCCGAGGGUCCUGUUGCCGAAGCUCCUGUGUAUGUGCUCGAGGAGCCCAUUACAUUCCUGCUGCCACAACAAUUUCCUACACUAUCUUCCAAAAUUCCUUACAAACCAGGCAAAGUCAUUCAGCGUCUUUCUGUUUUUGAGUCUGGUAAUGAGGCAUCUGAGUUCCAUGAUGGUGGAUUGCUACCUCUCCCAGUUAAUGCUGAGCCCAGCACCCUAGAAAUCCUUGUCUCGGAAGCUAGCGCCCCUCUGCCCAGUGACCUGGAGACCUUUGGUCACGGUUAUCCCUACCCAGAGUGGGAUGACCAGUUCUUUCAGAUGUUCAUUACUGGACAGCUUCCAGUUGGCACUGUGACUCACUUCUCUACCCAUUACGAGCAUGGCAAAAAUGCUUGGACUGACGUAGCCUUUGAAAGAAUGGUUCCUCCCCGCAUAGUUCCCCUCAAGAAGGCUCCAGCUCCUCCUAAGAAGGCUCCAGCUGCUCUAAGCAGUGUACCAAAUAAGCGCAAGAGCGUUGCUAAGGGCUAUCCCCCUAAGCAGUAGUGAAGGACCCAAAACCAGGAGGUUGUGGUGACUUGGUGAUUGCCAGGGGAAAAAAUAUCUCCUUUGCACCUUGAUUUGUUUUAAUAAACAUUUGAAUACUAGA